GCCGCGUCCGAAGCUGUACCCAGGCCGGCCCGCGGCGAGCGCCCAGGGCGCCGGCAGCCCCGGCCCGCCCUCCCCGCCCCCAACUCGCUCCCCAACGGAAAGUUCGGCUCCGGCGGCGUCUAGCCCGGCAGCCGGGGAUGAGCCGGGGUCGGGGGGCGAGCUGAGCGGCGGCCAGGAGGGGGCAACUUCGCCCGGGAGAGCGCCUCCCGCCCGGCCCCGCCGGCCGCAGCCCCCGGGCGGGCUCGAGUGGUUUUUCCCUUGCUUGUGCCUCCCCCCUGCGGAUCCAAGAGACGGACCUUGGUCCCCGCGCUCCCGCUGCCGGGUGACAAGAGCCAGCGCCGCCGCCGCCGCCUCGGCCGCCGCUCGCUCUGUCCCUCCGCCCGGCCGCCCCCGGCCGCAGCCCCUGCCCUGCCCGCCCGCCGCACCAUGGAGUUCUCGGAGAGGAAGCGGAGCAGGAAAUCCCAGAGCUUCAAACUGGUCAACCGAGAUUAUCACCAUGAGGUCUAUAAGAUCUCAGACUUCAGCAGCGAUGUUAAUGGGGAGGCCAAAGAGACACAACCCAUUUUUUUAGGAGAUGAAAGCAUGGAAAUUAAAAAACAAAUUACAGGAAUGAGAAGAUUACUGAAUGACAGCGCUGGGAGGAUAUAUCAGCGUGUGGGCAAGGAGGGGGAGAAACUUAAAGAGGAACCCCAGGAUUUGGAUGCGAUCUGGCCUCAGCGUUUGAACUCUGCAGAGGCCCCCCCGAGCCUCCACCCAUCUUCCCGGGGUGCGUGGAACGAGCUGCCACCCCAGAGCGGGCAGUUCUCAGGGCAGUAUGGCACCCGCUCCAGAACCUUCCAGAGCCAGCCCCACACCGCUGGGAGCUCCAAUGGAGAACUUCCAGUGGUGAAUUCAUCGGCUGGAUCCAACUGCUGCACUUGUAACUGCCAGUCGACGUUGCAGGCCAUCCUCCAAGAGCUCAAGACCAUGCGGAAACUGAUGCAGAUUCAGGCAGUUGGAACCCAAAACAGACAACAACCCCCAAUUUCCCUUAUCUGCUCCCAGCGAACUGCCGUCUCGCGCAAGAGAAAUAAAAAGAAAAAAGUGCCCCCAAAGACUAUGGAACCUCUCACUGUGAAACAGAAGCCCAGUGCAUUGGAAGCUGAGAAGAAGGCUGCAGGGGCCCCCGAGAAUUCCAGUCUCCCCGUGGCUGAGCACCCCUCCCCUGGGGAGAGCCACAUUCUAGGAUUCGGCAUCGUGCUCGAAUCACCAGCCUCCGAUCCAGAAGUGCAACUUGCUGAAGGCUUCGAUGUGUUUAUGCCUAAAUCUCAGCUGGACUCUAUAUUGUCAAACUACACUCGCUCAGGAAGCCUUCUGUUUAGAAAACUGGUGUGUGCAUUUUUUGAUGACAAGACUUUGGCUAACUCCUUACCCAAUGGGAAGAGGAAAAGAGGACUCAAUGACAACCGGAAAGGACUAGACCAAAAUAUUGUGGGUGCAAUAAAAGUCUUCACAGAAAAAUAUUGCACUGCUAAUCACGUGGAUAAACUUCCUGGCCCAAGAGACUGGGUUCAGAUUCUGCAGGAUCAAAUCAAACUGGCGAGAAGAAGGUUAAAAAGAGGCUCAGCAGAGGCAGUUGACGGUGAUGAACGGCUGGACACUGUUUCUCUAACCCCAACAGGUAAAACACAUUUCCAUUUUCAUCACCCACUGGAAAAUAUGGCAUAUGAGAAUAUUUGCGUUGAAAAUAUUUUUAACAUCAGAGAUGCCGAUGCUUGAGCAGACUACUUCCAUUAAGAGACCCAGCCCUUAGUCCUCAGAGGAGCUCAGUGCCCUGCGUUCAGGGAGAUUUUGCAAAUUGAAUAUGAAAAGCUACAGUUUUCUCACAUUCUGUUUCAUCUUCUUCAAAACCUCAGAACAGCAAGUCCUAAGAAUUUAGUGUCACAUUUUGCCUUCCCAAACCUUGGGACAUUAAAAAGAUAUCUAUUUUAACAUAAAAUGAUAUUUCUGUUUAGGUUGGGGAUCAUCUGUUUUAUGAUGGGACUCCUGUCUGUUCUGGCCUCUCCUUCCUUCCCCCAAAAGGCUUUGAGGGGCAGUAUCACCACUUUCCCUAUAAUGGGCACCCUUUGAAUACUGUGCUUUGAGUGAGUGAAUAAGCUGAUCCAUUUAGCCGGGUGGCUAACACUGUAACCGGAUCAGCUGAAUAUAGCAUCUCACUGAUGCAUCUGCGGCAGGGAUAAGCUGCAGACUUCAUUCAAACUUAUUAUUUAACUCUCCAGUAAUCCUUCCAACCUUGGACUCUACCUGUGCCUCAGUUCUCACCUGAAAGCCCGAGGGACAGGUGUCCAAUCAGUGAGCCACGUGACAGAGUUUAUCCCUCAGUUGGUCUCAAGACUCUGUAUUGACUGCUCUCGAAAUACCUGAAGAGCCUCUACGAACCAAACCCAGACACCCCCUACCCUGCACCUCCCCGACAAAAACCCUGUCAGUGAACAAGCUCAGCUCAGUGUUCUCGCUCCCUUUGACAUGAUAAAGCCAGCAACUAUGAAAGGCAUGUGUAGGAACUCUGCCAGGCCACGUGUACACAGGCAGCACUCACCCUGACUUCAAGGUGCACAGACACACAUUAGUGAACUUCAGAGUAGGCACGGCUGCACAAGUGAGAACAUGCCUUCUCUGUCACUGAGUAACUAAGCAACAGCUAGAUGGAUAGAUAAAUGAAAUAAACUGCAGAAGCCAACAGCAACCUGCUUCUAUCAAGGUCUCACUGGAUAUAGUCAUUACAGAAAUGCCAGAAAAGUGGUUUCUCUUCUAGUUUGGCUGUGUGUCCAUAUUUAUGAAGGAAGAGAACUGAAAUGCAUGAUCUCUAUUGUUCCUGUCCUUCUCUGAGUGUCAGGACAAUUCCCAUUAUCCUUGUUCUAACCUCCCCCUCCCAGUAGAGGCAGGAAGCGCUGCUACUAAUGAUGAGAUUGUCCCCUUUCGGGAGGCCCUCUGGAGGAACCCCUGGCUGUUCUACUUGUAUCUGUUGGCCAAAAAGUUCAUUGGAAACUUUUGUUUCCAAAGUCUUAUGGAAAACCCCCAAUGAACUCUUUGGCCAACCCAGUACUUUUCAGGGUUCCUCCCCAACCAGCCUCAUUGUCCCCAGGGCAUUUGCACUGCCCAUCCUGGCUACCAUCUGCCACAGUGAGCUUUUAAGAAGUAUAUUAUUUGAAAACCACUCCCCUUGAAAUAAUACCUUUGCAUUUUCCCAUCUGAAGAUGGAGGCAGAAAGAUGUUUCAGAUGAGAAAAUUGAAUCUGGGAUGGUAGAACCACCUCAUGGAACUGAAAACACUUUCAAGGACUCUGAGAAAAAAGGAACGUUAGAGAUCAUCUAGUCCUGUCCCCCGUUUUUAUCCAGUCCUUUUAUUUUACAGGUAAAAAAGCCUGAGGCCCAGAAACACUAAAUGACUUUCUCAAGGUCUCACAGCUGGUUGGUGGCCUGGCCGGAGCCCAGGCCUCUCAGCUCCCAGCCGGUCCACUGCGUAGCUUUCUUAAACCUUCUCUGCAUGUUUCCUAGAGAUCCUAAGAAUUGAUGGAUGUACUAAUCCCUGUAGGAUUCCAUUUCAGUGUCGCCCUGUCAUAAGCCGGCCUGAAGUCUGCUGCAGUUCAGCUCUCGGGUUUGUCUUCAGAUUCGAGGCUGUGAGGUCCCAGUGAGGGCAGUUGUGGGACACCCCCGGCAGGUCUUUUCACUAGACUCCUGCUAGAGAUUUGAUACAAAUCACUAGACAGCAUGAGAAAUAAUACCACUUAAUCAUCUCGGAAAAGGGAAAAGAAGUCACGGAUUGGUGCCCGAAUCUUGCGGUUGUGGAAUUAAAUGAUCUUGAUGAGACUAGCAUGUCUCCCCAGAGCCUCUAACCUAAACUCAUAUCCGGGGGCUUCUCUGAACACAGUGCCACCACCGCAUGCUCUCUUCUUACGAGUCUCCUAAUGAGACCGUCUGAGACCGUCCCAUGCAGCUUCCUUCCUAGAUCUGAGACCUCACUGGCCAGGUCGUCCUCAUCUGGUCAUCUGGUCUAUCUGAGCCAGCCACAGUUGGUCUUUUAUGAAAGAUUUAACAAUGCCUUUAUUAUCCGGUUAAGGUCUUUUUGCUCCUUCCAAAUUCAUGUGUGUUGAGGAGGGCUAGGGCAGGGGUGUAACUCCCCAAGUGUUUCUAUGAACCAGAACCAACCAGGCCAAGUUUAUAGUCAGGCGUCAGAUGACAUUAAUCUCAAUCCAUCACACUUAAGCAACCUUCUGUUUGUCUAGUUUUAACAAAAUGAAUACAGAUUUUACAGUGGAAAAACAUUUUCUUAAUUUCUCUUCCCUCAACCCUUUCAGUAAGCGUUUUUGAGCAAGGCCAGGAAUCAGCACUGAGUUGGGAGACUUCUGAAUUUGAAAUAGGUUAGUGCAGAGUGUACCUAGGCUUAGAUUUUGGGGUCAUCAUUUGGCAUCCAUUUACAUACUUUUAGAAGUACAGAAAAGUGUAACAAAGAAAAAGUAAAUUACUUUUGCCACCCAGACACAGUCAUUAUUAUUGGGUGUUUUUUUUUCCCAGCCUUUUCUCUGUAUUUUUUAAAAAUUUAUAUGCUGGAGGUCAAAUCCAUCCAGUUGGUUCCCUAAGGUUUUGUUCUGUUUUGGUUGACCACCUAAUAAGAAUUUUCCAUUGUAUUACAAAUCACCAUACACAUUCUUUUAAUAGCUGCACAGUAUUCUGUUUUAUAGGUAAAUCAUAUUUUAUUUAGCCAUUUUCUAUUGCUGGAUAAUAGAUGUGAACAUCCUCUAGAAGUAACACACAUUCAUGGAUUUUCCUGUAAAAAAUCAUUAUUGCAGAUUUCUAAUGGCCUAAAAUUGCUUAUCUGGCACACCUAAAGCCUUGGUUAAGAAAUAGUGAUUUAGAGAUAAGACACAGACGCCUCCCCAAGAGGUCCUACGUCUGGCUGUGUCAUGGAAGAGCACACAAGCCCUCCCUAGAGAAGGGACCCCCUUCACGCUCUUGUCUCUGUUGUAGGUCAUAUACUUGACACCAGGAGAGAAAAACCGGAAGACACAGGGACAGCUUUCACUGCCUAGACUUUCUUUAGUGACCCUGCUCCUUAGUACACACAGCUCUUUCACUUGAAUCUCCUCAAAGAUCCACUAGCAUUUCAGGUCACUGCAAGGUGUGGGCGUUCCGUGGAGCUGACCCGUCAUGUCUGAAUAGUUUUCAUAUUCUUUCUUUGUCAUAUGCAAUAAUCAAGCCUCCAAUUUGGUCUAAGAUUUUUAAAAAAUCAUCUUUAGAGUUGAACUUUCAGCCUUUUGACAUCCAGCAUAUCAUUCAGUUGGUUCGUUGUCCAUCAAAAAGGAGCAGUUUUCUUUUUUUUUUUUUUUUCAAUAUGAAUAUGGUAGAGAGUUUGGAAGCACACAUUUUAACAUAAAUUGCUUCAAUGCAGUUUAUAAAGGAGAGUGGCCCUUUCAGGACUGAAGGAGCAGUGGUGAAAGCCAAGAUUAAUUAAAACUGUCAUCAGCCUCGAAGAUGGAAAAGUUGUUUUGAGAGACAGGGUGACUCUAACCAAUUAGAUGAAAUCAUUUGUGACAUCAUUUUCCCCCAAAAUAAUCAUGUCCUGAUAAGUGCAAAUGAUACAUGAAUUGUCAGGAAAGAAAAACCUUUCACGUAGUUGUGUCAACACAGUGACAAAAUACCUAACUGAAAGGUGAGAAACUCAGAGUAAGCAGCCUUCCACAUGAUACCCUAUACGGCUCUAACUGAGUAGUCCAGGCUUGUGGCAUCAUGUGGCAACUGGCCACAAAUGUACUUACCCUUCACACUUCAUUCAGUUCUAGCACACGUGCUCUCCACUUGACAUAAAACCAACAAAUGAAAAUGUGGGUUCAUUUCCAAGAAGUAUUUUGGCAUGUGGGUAUUUGUUUUACAGAGAUAUUUAUCUCCAGAUUCCUUUCUCUAGUUGAGAUGGUGAAUUUAAAAUAACCUAUUUGUUUAGAAGCAUUACUUUUACACCUCAUUUACUGUAGAAAGCAAAUUACCUUGAAUCUUUGACACUUGACCCAAAGGCCAAAAGUUGGCUUGAAAGGAACUUGGACAGCACAAACACCAAACCUUGGAAAAGGGGGUAUGCUACACUGUCACGUAACACAUGUCCCUAACACUUAUUUGAUCGAAGCAGAGAGUGUUAGGGCUCAGAGUUAUAGCUCAGGCCUUCAGUCCCAUCCCCUCGUUUUGCGGUAAGGCGGCUGAGGAGUGAGGGCUAGGGCCAUCCUGGGCUGGGCAACAACUCGUCAACUAGCUAGCGAAACCAGGAGCCUCAAUUCCUUCCUACCCUACCCAAGGUACUUGUGCCAUACAUGUGACACAGGGCAGUUGACCUUGAGCCAGGAGGACAGCUCCAGGGGGAUUCUGGAAUCCACUAAAGACCAGCUAGUUAACCCAAGGCCAUGGGAGGCGUCCCUGUGAAGUGACAAUGCUGGUCGCAGCGUGCUACAUCUCAUCCAUGUGUGUCUUUUGUCUCCUUUUUGGAGCCUCCAGGACGGUUCAGAGAAAUGGUUUCCAUCGCAAGUUUAGUCAGCCUUUUCCAUUUCAGGCCAGUUAAUAACCCCUUCCCUGAAACCCACCCCUCUGUUCAUCACAGAGUCUAACGAAGUACUGUGAACCCAAGCUUUUGUUUUUCUGCAAGGCGUGUUUUAAAAUUUGUCUUCUGCCUCUCAGAAGGAAGUCUUGAGGGAAUUGAAAAGAUUAAUUAGUGACCUUUCACCUCUGUUACAAUACUAUGAAUACGAUGAAUAGGUUGGGAAUAAAGGUAGAAACAUUUACCUUACGGCUGUGGAAUCUGUUAAAUAUACACCAUGAAACUUCAAAGCACUUCCUGCCAAGACUGGGCGAGAGCUUGAAUUUUUCACUACUUGAGAGGGGGGUGGGGAUUGUUCAGCUCACAGAUAUGUGCAAUGGAUUCACAAAUUGGAAAUAUGUGUUGUAAAACUGCAACAGCAAAAUCAUUUUUGUAAAUUAAAAGUGUAUUUGUGUUUACUUAACUGUGACUACUGUUCAGACUCUACUCAGAAAUCCUUUUUAUAGGCUUUCUUAGCAAAAAAAAAAAAUUAUUCCAUACCUAUGGAUCAUGUCUCAAUCUUCUGUAUAUAUGUUUUAUUAAUAUGUAAAUAUUUAGAUUUUUUUAAGAUUACUAUGUUCUUUAAAAAAAAAAUUCCACGCAAGGCUAGUUGUGAAAAUGGUGUAUAACAUGUGUUGUGAUAUCAAGUCCCAAGACGCCCUUUAUGUCUGUUCUGGAAGAAAACAAUAAAUUACUUUAAUUGAA